AUGAAUGGGGGCCAUGAUCUUGUACUUCUUACUGGCGCAACCGGACACGUGGGCUAUGCUGUGCUUGUCAAGAUCCUGCAAGCAGGCUACAAUGUUCGCGUAACACUACGUGAAAUGAGCCAGGCAGACGCCAUCCUCUCUUCUGGCCUUGUCAAAGAAGCUCUUAGUUGCGGAAAAAUUGACAUCUCAUUCGUUCAUGUUCCCGAUUUUACGGCACCAGAUGCCUUCGGUUCUGUUCUUUCAAAUGUCACCCAAAUUGUUCAUGUUGCAAGUGCUCUUCGCCGAGGCCCAAGCAGAGACCUGAAAGGGGCAAUAAUCGACGUGGCAGUCAUGGGCACAAAAAAUAUCCUCCGGGCAGCUCAGAAUUGUCCUUCUGUAAGGAGAGUCGUCAUUACAUCUUCAACCUCUGCCAUCGUGGACCCGCAUCCCGCUGUGAAUCAAUCACCGACUGGUCGCUGUAUCACGCCGUCGGAUCGUCACAUUGACUAUGAUGCCGAGUAUUACCGAGGCAACUCACACAAGGCUUACACUGCAGCUAAGACAGCAGCUCUCAAUGCCACAGACGCUUUUCUGGCCGCAGCCGGUGGUGGCGGAGGAACCUCACCACUACAUUUCGACGUUAUCAACAUUAUGCCAUCUUUCGUAUUUGGGCCUAAAGGCCUGGCCGCUUCACCAGCUGAUAUUAUAAAUGGCAGUAACAUCUUCGGCAUUGGUACUGUCAUGCGCCACAAGUCAUGGAAAGGCAUCAGACUCGAGGCAGUGUGCUGCCAUGUUGACGACGUUGCACAAAUCCAUGUCAACGCGCUCGAUGAGCGUGGACUGCUCCCACUGAAACCUGGAACACAUCGAGAUUUUAUCCUAGGCGUCAAGUUCAAGCCAGAGGAUAUUCGACAGGUCGUCAAGAGCAGAUUCCCGAUCGAGUUCUGGGAAAACGAAUCCGCUGUUUUUGGAGCACAUGGCACGUAUGAAUGGUAUCAUAUUGAUUAUGAUGUUCGCCCUGCAGAAGAUCUACUUGGGAAGCCUUUCAAAACAUUGGGGGAACAAAUAUACGACAGUGGAAGUCAGGUUUUGGGAAUGUCGAAGGGAUUGAUGACAAAAGUAUAG